AUGGCUAGAGGGAAGAAACAAAUUGGUGAUGAUGAAGAACCUAUUCAUGUGGACAAAAAAAUGGAUGAUAGAGGAGAAGAAACGAACACUCCUCAGGUUGUUGCUUCAUCUGAAUAUCGUUAUUUAGUUUAUGAUUCAGGAAGAAGAUACAUUGUGUAUAUUGAAAGAAAAAUAUGCAAUUGUGAUAAGUUUCAACUAGAAGAGAUACCAUGUCCACACAUAAUCACAAUUUUGAAGAGCAAGAAUAUUACAAACAUGCACCCUUACUGCUCUGAUUACUACAAGUCAAAGGCAUUGGCAAAUACUUAUGAAGUGCCAAUGGUUCCAAUGCCAGAUCAGAAAUAUUGGUCUGUUCUGAAAGAAAUUACGGAGAAAAUUAUCUUGCCACCAAGAUACAAAAGAAUGUCGGGAAGAUCAAAGAAAGAAAGAAAAAAGAACUAUAGUGAGAAGCUAAGUAUGAGCACAAACUGUUGUGGACAUUGUGGACAUGAAGAGCACAACAAAAGAACUUGA